AUGGAUUUUGAUAGAAAGUACAAGGAAAAUCUUGGCUCUCAGCCAAUGUUAUUGCCUGAGAAUUACUUGAAAUCUUACAUGGGAGAUGGUGCGUUUUCCUUAGAAGCCUGUUCAUCAAAAGCUUUCUUCCAAGAUUUCCACCAUCUCGAUCAUCAAUUUCCCACCAAUGCGUCAUCAAAGACCCUCCAAUUCGGGGUCCAAACUGCUUGUUUGGAUCCCUUCGACAGUUUCACAUAUGGGUCCGGCAUGAAUCUCGAUGUUUACGAAUUGAAGCCUUACGCAGAAAACGUUGGAGUGAUGGAGAAUUUUCAGAGCAAUAAUGGAGGAGGAUACCUGUUGCACCAUCAUCAGAGAGCCGCUGCUGCAGAUAUGAUGGGGCUGGACCGCGGCCGAGUGGCCUUCAACUGUCAAGAAAUCAAGCCUGUAAACUUUGUUAUACCAGAUGAAGUGUGCAUCGCGGCAGAGAAUAGUUUAUACAAGAAAAUCAGCAUGAGUACUGCUAAGAAUGGAGCUUCGCCGGCGGCCAAAAAGACUUACAAAGGUAGAAAGAAAACCCAUGUGGUUAAGGGGCAAUGGACAAUUGAAGAAGACAGACUGUUGAUUCAACUGGUGGAACAGUACGGGGUUAGAAAAUGGAGCCUCAUUGCUCAGAUGCUGAAUGGGAGGAUAGGGAAGCAGUGCAGGGAGAGAUGGCACAAUCACCUGAGGCCUAACAUUAAGAAGGAUAUAUGGAGUGAAGAGGAGGACAAGAUUCUUAUUCAAGCCCAUGCAGAAAUAGGAAACAAAUGGGCGGAAAUCGCAAAGAGGCUGCCUGGAAGAACUGAAAACUCCAUAAAGAACCAUUGGAAUGCUACCAAAAGAAGGCAGCUCUCGAGGCGAAAAUGCCGCUCAAAGUAUCCAAGACAAAGCACCCUCCUGCAGAACUAUAUCAAGAGCCUCAACUUGGACUCAAGGACAGUGGAUUACCAGAAAAACCCUACUGCAAAUAACCCCAUGGCAGCUAAUAAUACUGUCCUCAGACCACCCAUGAACAGGCCAGAGAUCUCAGACUUCUGCCCUGGCGACGGCGUAGUUCCGAAUUUCGAUUAUGAGGAGGUCCCAGAUUUCUCCUUUGAUGCAAACAUCUUUCAAGAGAACUGCAGUAUCGACUCUCUCCUCAAUGAGAUGUCUAGUGCUCCUACUGGUGAUGAGAAAGGGAUUGAGAUGGAGAAUAUGCCAUUGGACAUGGCUUCAUUGUUGCAGUGCGAAGUGAAGAAGGAGAUGGAUUUGGUGGAGAUAAUUUCUCAAGUCAAUCUCUGAUCAAGUCCUUGGGAAUUAAGCCUAUAGAUCAUAAUAAUCCUGUGGGCAGAAAAGUUUUUUAAUUUCUUUUAACCAUCUUAG